AUGGUGGAGUCCUAUGAUCAGGAAGUCGCCAGCGGCCCCCUUUCCCGCCACCAGAGGAAAGCAGAGAGGGCGAGAGACUUGAGGACACCUUUUGAGCCCCUGGGUUCGGUUCGGCUUGCCCGAGAUUUGGGUCUUGCCUCGCUGACUCUCCUUCAUGUCCCCGUGCUAAUUCCUGGCGAUUUCCGCAGCCAAGCAGGAUUUGGCCACGCCACUCCUCCCAGCAACUCCCUUGUCUGCACCACCUGCAACCUCCAUGGAUCUUCUGACAUCAUGGUGCCCCUGGGCUCAGUCCUCAGUCGCUCCUCUGCUCUAUCUCCACUCAUUCCCUCAACCAUCUCAGCCAAGUGUUUGCCUGUAACUGUGAUGAAUCUGGAGGGGACUGAGCCCCCAGCUAAUGGGACACAUCCCAGCCCCCAUUAUGAGGAGUUUCUACCUACAGAGGAUGAGGAGGAAGAAGAGGAAGACCAUGAAGAGGAAGAGGAAGAGGAGGAGGAGAAAAAGAAAGAGAAAAUCCCUCUGCCUCCCAAGAAGCCUCCUAAAGAGAAGACUUCCGCAGGCAUCAAGGAGAGGAGGGCCAAGGCCCAGGGUCAGAAGGGGGACCUGGGAAGCCCUGUCCCCCCAUCCAAACCUCUUCGAAUGAAGAAGAAGGAGGUACCAGCGGGGGAGGGGACCAAGAUGAGAAAGACAAAGAAGAAAGGGUCUGGGGAGGCUGACAAGGACACCUCAAUGAGCCCGACCAGAGUGACAAAGAAGAGCCCAGCAGCCAUGUUUCUGGUGGGGGAAGAUGGCCCCGCUGAGAAAGCUCAGAAGAAGAAAGGCACUCCCAAAGGCUCAGAAGAGGAGAGGAAGGAGGAAGAGGAAGAGGAGGAAGAAGUGACAAAGAACAGCAAUCAGAAGGGCAAAGCGAAAGGAAAAGGCAAAAAGUUUCUUCUGGAGCAGCCCGGAGUGGAGAAGAUGUUCAAGGGUCCGCAGGCUAAGGGCCUGCUCGCUGCCACCAGCCUCACCUCACACACAGUCCCAACCUGCCCUCAGCAAAAACAGCCAACCACAGCGUCCAAUCUCCUGGGCAACCGCUUCACUGUCUUUGACAACGGGCAGAACCCGCACCGCGGAGGAGGCAGCACUGAUGUGGGGCGCCUUCGGCAGGAGCUGGCAGCUGUGAUCUAUGAAACCAACGUGUUGGGCUUCCGAGGUCCCCGGCGCAUGACGGUCAUCAUCCCAGGCAUGAAUACGGAGAACGAAAGGGUCCCCAUCCGGCCGCGAAAUACCAGCGAUGGGUUGCUGGUGCGCUGGCAAAACAAGACACUGGAGAGCCUCAUCGAGCUGCACAACAAGCCCCCCGUCUGGAAUGAAGACAGCGGCUCCUACACCCUCAACUUCCAAGGCCGAGUCACACAAGCCUCCGUCAAGAACUUCCAGAUCGUUCACGCCGAUGACCCCGACUACAUUGUACUGCAGUUCGGCCGCGUGGCCGAGGACGCCUUCACCCUAGACUACCGGUACCCGCUGUGCGCCCUGCAGGCCUUCGCCAUCGCCCUCUCCAGUUUCGAUGGGAAGCUGGCCUGCGAAUGA